AUGCGCUUUGCAUCCAUCCUGACCGUCCUGACUGCUGCAAUCACCAUGUCUGCUGCCACCAACCCCACCACCACCCCCGAUGGCCUCGUCAUAGAGACCAUCAAGGCCGUCCAGAGUGACCGCCGCACUGUCAAUGGCGACCAAGUCAAGGUGCAUUACCGUGGUACCUUGCAAUCCAACGGCCAGAAAUUCGAUGCCAGUUACGACCGCGGUGAGCCAUUGGGCUUCAUCCUCGGUAGCGGCAUGGUUAUCAAGGGCUGGGAACAAGGGCUUCUUGGAAUGGCCAUCGGCGAGAAGAGAAAGCUCACCAUCCCGCCAAAUCUCGCCUACGGAGACAGAGGAAUUGGUCCCAUCCCCGGCGGUGCCACCUUGAUCUUUGAGACCGAGUUGGUGGAAAUCUCCAAGGGCGAGCUCUAA